UUUUGCAGUUUGUCUUUGAUCUGCACCAUAUAUAAUUGUAGAAAAGCAAACCAAACUAAAUAGUAUGUAGUAUGUAAAUAGUAUUAAAUAAUCUGCCAGCGGAACUAGCCUGGGUUGCUAGGCAACGGGCUGGGCUUGGCUGGCGUUGCUAGGUAACGGAGCCAGUUGAACUAGAACUUUUCCCCCAAUAUUAAGGAAUUAUUGACUUAGAACAAGCUGCUAUAUCUUGCUAGAGUUACUUGUAAGUUACUUUAGUCUCAUUUCAGGUGUGCUAAUAUAUUUGCAAUAAAAGCUAGAUAAGAAAAAUAAGAUUUUGUGCUUUUGGUUAUUCUGCUAGUUUUCUUCAGCCUGCAGGCCUCAGGCCAGCAGCCGUCACAUGGCGAGCCUUGAAUCAGCUGCAGAUCAGACUCAGAGGAAAUCAAGAAGGAAAAGAAGGAGUCCAGUCAUCUAACGGACAGUAACUCCUCCUCUGCCUGGUUCUGAUCCAAUAGGAGCGCGGUGGGGGUGUGGACGGGUUCUGUUUACUUCUGCCCUGCAGAAAGUGGGACAGACUGAAGGCUGCAGCUGUCACACCAACAGGGAUCCACAUGAGCCUCUGCAGCACAACAUUCAGGGAGACCUUUGUAAGAGCCGCCAUGCUGAGAAGAAGCCGGAGCGGCAAAACUCGACAUGUGGCCUGGAGCGAAACCCGGCAGGACGCAGAUGUCAUGGCAGCUGCCGACAGGGAGGAGUGGGACAGCCAAUCAGUGACUCAGAUCGGCGACCUGGACUCUGACAUGGAUCAGCUGGUUGGAACCGGAGCCGGAGAGGUUGUGGUUCUGCCCUUUGCUGCACUGGGGAAGCGGGAAUCAUUCUCCAUCUGUGAGCCGCAGGAGGAGCUGAACCCGAGUUUAUGGGCCGCUGACGACAGGGAGGAGGACCAGGUUUUUGACUGGGUUUGGGACGAGCGCUGCAAGUCGUCCGGCGCCUCCCUGAGCUGCAACGACAGGAAGGUGAGCUUCCACUCGGACUACAGCUGCGGCACGGCCGCCAUCCGCGGCAACAGGGAGCUUUCAGAGGGCCAGCACUACUGGGAGGUGAAGAUGACUUCUCCUGUCUACGGAACCGACAUGAUGGUUGGGGUCGGAACCUCUGAGGUGAACCUGGAUAAGUUCAAGUUCAGCUUUGGCAGCCUGUUGGGCCACGAUGAGGACAGCUGGGGCCUCUCAUACACAGGUCUGCUCCAACACAAAGGAGACAAAGUGAAGUUCUCCCCUCGGUUCGGUCAAGGCUCGGUCAUAGGAGUUCACCUGGACACCUGGCACGGCACUUUGACCUUCUACAAGAAUCGGCACUGCAUAGGUGUGGCUGCUACCAGGCUGCAGAGCAAGAAGUUCUACCCCAUGGUUUGCUCCACGGCCGCUAAGAGCAGCAUGAAGGUGGUGUGCGCCUGCUUCGCGCCGACCUCCCUGCAGUACCUCUGCUGCGCCCGGCUGCGCCAGAUGUUGCCCAGUUGCCCUGAUGUGGUCGACGCGUUGCAGCUGCCUCCGGGCCUGCGCACCGUCCUGCAAAGUCAACUGGACUGGGUGUUCGCCCUCAGCAGCGGCCCAGACCGGUCCGAGGACGAUGACUGUAUGCAGACAAGCGUGCCUUCCAGCCCAAGUGCCUGCGCCGAGCCGGCGCCUCAGGAUCGGCCCGCAGCAUGCCACUGUCCGCCGACUCCGCCGAGCAGCGACUACGACAGCUGCUGCUCUGACCCGGAGGAUUAUCAGUGCAAACGAUGCCGCUGGACGUGACCCACUUGCGUUUGUGCUGCAAAGCUUAUUCUACUUCUGCCAUGUCAAAUUUCACUACACUGCAAAAACACAAAAUCUUAACAAGUAUUUUUGGUCUAGUUUCUACUGCAAAUAUCUUAGUUCACUUGAAAUGA